AACCAGGGAUUUUUGCAGGAGCCUGAGUGAAGACAGGAAGAGGGGAUAGUGUGGGCAGAAGCCUUGAGGAAGGAAGACCACACAGAAAAUUAGCAUUUCCUUUUGUUGUUCCCUUAUAAGAUAAAAACUGCAGGUCAUGAGCUGGAGGAAGGAGGAUUCCCCCAGUCCUGCUCAGAUGUGCUGAGGCCAAAGACCAUGAUGAACUUCCAGGGUAGUCUGACAAAGGGGUGGGGGACCAGGCCCCUUCAGCCCAUUCUGAAGGAAGAAGGGGAUUGACCCAGGUAGUCAGGGGCCCUCAGGGAGUAGGACAAUAAUCCUCCGACUGGUGGCUGUCCAGCAGAGGGAGCAGCAGGAACAAAGACAGGCCGUGGGGGAGUAGUUUGGCAUUUCUAAGCCGUGGCAGGCAGGGCCUCACAGGGCCUAGGGUUAGGAGUUUGUCCCAAGAGCAGUGGGAAGCUGUGCAGUUUUAGGUAAGAGACGGAUGGGUCUAGUCAUUGUGUUUGACUAUGUUCAUUUCAGCUGCUGUCAUGUGGAGGAGGAGAAAGGGGCCUGAGUGGGGCUGGGGCCCUGCCCUCUUGUCACUAGAGCCAGCAAAGGCCCUUCCACCCUGCAGACCAGCUGAAUUGCAGCUAAGGAAGUGGGAGAGGGUGGGGAGGUGGGCCAGGCAGGCAGCUGGUGCCUCACAGCUCUUCUCUCUCUCCUGGCAGGUGGGCAGGGUAGCCCUGCACUGGGCUGCGGGUGCAGGGCAUGAGCAAGCUGUGCGGCUGCUCCUGGAGCAUGAGGUUGCUGUGGACGAUGAGGAUGCGUUUGGGAUGAACUCGCUUCUCCUGUCUGCCUGGUUCGGCCACUUACAGAUCCUGCAGAUCUUGGUCAACUCUGGGGCCAAGAUCCACUGCAAGAACAAGGACGGCCUGACCUUACUACACUGUGCAGCCCAAAAAGGCCACGUGCCAGUGCUCGCAUUCAUAAUGGAAGACCUGGAGGAUGUGCCCCUGGACCAAGCUGACAAGCUGGGAAGGACAGCGUUUCACAGGGCUGCUGAGCAUGGGCAGCUGGACGCUCUGGACUUCCUUGUGGGCUCUGGCUGCGAGCACAGUGUGAAAGACAAGGAGCCCUUCUGCCUGCAGGAGGGGAACACAGCCCUUCACCUGGCUGCUAGCCGCGGCCACCUGACUGUGUUGCAGCGACUCGUGGACAUCAGGCUGGACCUGGAGGAGCAGAAUGUGGAAGGUCUGACUGCCCUACAUGCAGCGGUUGAAGGCAGCCACGCUGACUGUGUGCAGCUGCUCCUUGAGGCUGGGAGCAGCGUGAACGCCCUCACCCAGAAAAAGCAAAGCUGCCUCCACUAUGCAGCCCUUGGUGGCUCUGAGGAUGUGGCCCGGGCCCUCAUCCAUGCAGGAGGCCACACCAACAUAGCUGAUCAUCAGGGAGCCUCUCCUAUGCACCUUGCUGUGAGGCACAACUUCCCCGCCUUGGUCCAGCUCCUCAUUGACGCAGGCAGUGACCUGGAUGCCACUGACAAUAGGCAGCAGACACCCCUCCACCUUGCUGCUGAGCACGCCUGGCAGGACAUAGCAGAGAUGCUCCUCGUCACUGGGGUUAACUUAAACCUGAGAGAUAAGCAAGGGAAAACUGCCCUGGCAGUGGCCGCCCGCAGCAACCACAUCAGCCUGGUGGACAUGAUUAUAAAAGCUGAUCGCCUCUACAAAUGGGAGAAGGAUCACGUGUUGUGCAGGGACCCCAGGGAUCCCUCUGGGAAGAACUUGACCUUUAAGCAGGACCAUCGGCAGGAAACGCAGCAAUUCCACUCUGUGCUGUGGCGACUGGCUUCCAGGCAUUUGCAGCCUCAAGAGUGGAAGAAGCUUGCGUAUUGCUGGGAGUUCACCGAGGCCCACGUCCAUGCCAUCGAGCAGCAGUGGACAGGCAUCAAGAGCUACCAGGAGCAUGGCCACCGGAUGCUGCUUAUCUGGCUGCAUGGUGUGGCCAUAGCCGGUGAGAACCCCAACAAAGCACUGUUCGAGGGCCUCGUGGCCAUUGGCAGGAGGGACCUGGCUGAAAGCAUCAGGAAGAAAGCAAAUGCUGACCCGGGUACCCCCAGGAGGUGUACAGCCAUGUAACUGGAGAGGCCAGACCUUCAGGGGCAUGGAGACUCAGAAUGGGGGCCCCUGAACAGAAGAGGACCACCAUUUAAGGGCUUUUAAAAAAUCACUGUUAACAGACCUCCAGCUGCUUGUACUGAAACACCCAGCCCUGCAGGACCAGCAGGCACUGUUUGUAAUCUCUUUCACAGGGGUUAGUCCAGGGGCCAAUUCAGGUUUUGCAGGUAAUCCCUUCCCACAGGUGCAGUCCUUUGCGGCUCUUGGAGCAUCACAGCAGUCCCCUGAGAUGCAAGGGCCAUCUUUUCAGAGAGGACACUGAGGCUCAGAAUGGAUAAGCAGCUAAUCGGCUGUUGAGGUCAGGUGCCAAACCCAGCAUUCCUGUCUCCCCAACCUGGCAAAAGGACUCCAACUGUCACUUACAAAACGGACCUCCUUUAACUCAUUCACUGGCUUUUAAUGAAUGCUGUGCUUACAAAAACAGUGUUUCUGUUCACAAGCUAAUUUAUAUGCUUUGACAGUUCUAAGAGGUACACACAUUCUUUUUUUCCCAUUUUGUUUAGAAAUUUAAUUUUAAAAAUUUAUUUUUAUUAUUUUUUUUUGAGAGAGAGAAAGAGAGAGAGAGAGAAAGUGCAUGCAUGGGAGAGAGGGAGAGAGAGAAUCCCAAGCAGGUUCCAUGCUCGGUGCACAGCCCCACGUGGGGCUCAGUCCUACGACUAAGAUCAUGAUCUGAGCUGAAAUCAAGAGUUGGAUGCUUAACCGACUAAGCCACCCAGGCACCCCUAGAAUUAUUUUUAACUUUAAAAUUUUAUUUUGAAAUCGUUUCAGACUUACAAAAACAUUGCAGAAACAGUAUGAAGAAUUUCUGAAUAUGCUUCACAAUACAGCUUCCCCAAAUAUUACCAUCUUAUGUAAUCACAGUAUAAUUUUCAAAACCAGGAAAUUAACACUGAUACCAUACUAUUAACUCAUCUUCAGACCUUAUUCCAAUUUUGUUAGUUGAACCAUUCAUGUCCUUUUUCUGGACCAGGAUCCAGUCCAGAAUCACACCUUGCAUUUAGUUGUCAUUCUUUUUUUUUUUUUUUUUUUAGGUUUAUUUAUUUUAAGAGACAGAGAGAGUGUGUGUGCACAGGGUGGGAGGGGCAGAGAGAGAGGAAGAGACAGAAUCCCAAGCAGUCUCCACACCCUCAGCGCAGAGCCUGAUACGGGGCUUGAACUCCUAAGUUCAAGACCUGAGCCCAGAUCAAGAGCUGGAUGCUUAAUCAACUGAGCCACCCAGGUGCCCCAGGGACCCCUGUCUUAGAAAAACUCCCCACAGAGUUAUCCACUGGGUCUGAGUCUCAGGAGGGAGAGACAGAAUAAAAACUGUUAAGAGCUGAAAGGGGCUUCAACCGUCACACAUGGCAAGUGGGAGGUCACAGUGGAACAAUCCUCUGAAAGGCAGGCGGCAUUAUAUCUACCAAAAUUACAAAUGCAUUUGCCCUUUGACCCAGCAAUCCCACGUGGAGGAAUUUAUCCUACAGAUAAACCUGCAAACAUUAGAUACCAAGACCAAUGCAAGUUAAUAUGGCAGAAAUUGCUGGGCAGAGGGGUGUAUGGGAACUCUGUGCUAUCUGCUCAGAUUUUUAUUUUUUAUUCUUACUUUUAACAUUUUUGAGAGACAGCAUGAGUGGGGGAGGGGCAGAGAGAGAAGACACAGAAUCCAAAGCAGGCUUUAAGGUUUGAGCUGUCAGCACAGGGCCCAAUGCGAGGCUCAAACCCACAAACCAUGAGAUCAUGACCUGAGCUGAAGUUGGACACUUAAGUGACUGAGCCACCCAGGCAUCCCUGCUCAGGUUUUAUUUUUAACUGUUUUUAAAAAUAAAGCCUAUUAACAAUUUUUAAAAAAUACCUGAGGCUUAUGAAAAGAAAGAAAAAGAGGCUUUGAAACCAACCUAUUUUACACACAAUCACCUAUAGGACUGAGGCUGCACAGUCACAGCAUGAUUUGGACCCCCAGUGCAGCAUGUGGCCUCUAUGCCCUUCUCUUCAAGUGCUGUGUUGAGGGGGAAAAACCUUCUCUUCUAUAUAUUCCAUUUAGGAAAUGUAUUUUGUACCACAUGGGAUUUAGACUAUUUAUCUGGAUGAAUUUUGUGAAAUGGAUUUUGUGUUUUGAGACAAAAAAGCAAGUUCUUAAAGAAAAUAAAAUUGAAAUGUUGAAAUACA